AUGACGGGAAACCAAAGCUCAGUGACAGAGUUCGUCCUCCUUGGGAUAACAGACGAUGCCCAAGUUCAGGCCGUGCUUCUGCUUUUCCUGCUGCUAACUUACGUCUCCAGUAUCAUGGGAAAUGUGACCAUCAUCACUCUGACCCUGCUGGAUUAUCGCCUCCAGACGCCUAUGUAUUUCUUCCUCCGAAAUUUUGCUCUCUUGGAAAUAUCUUUCACAUCCGUAUUUGUUCCCAAAAUGCUACUCAAUAUUAUAACUGGAGACAAGACUAUUUCUUUUGCCAGUUGUUUCACACAGUAUUUUUUUGCAAUCUUGCUAGGAGCAACUGAAUUUUACCUUUUAGCUGCCAUGUCCUAUGAUCGUUAUGUUGCUAUUUGCAGACCCCUGCAUUAUCCAAUUAGAAUGAGCAGGAGACUAUGCAUUCAGCUUGUCCUAUGUUCAUGGUUCUCCGGCUUUCUAGUUGUCGUUGUGCCGUAUGGAAUGACUCUCCAGCUGCCUUUCUGUGCAUCCAACAUCAUCAAUCAUUAUUGCUGUGACUAUACCAUAUUGUUGCAUCUAUCGUGUUCAGACACACGUUUCAUAGAAGUGAUUCAGUUUGUCCUUGCUGCAGUGACGCUCAUCUUUACCCUGCUCCUGGUGAUUCUCUCCUACUCCUUCAUUCUCAGGACCAUUCUGAGAAUCCCCUCUGCUCAAGAGAGAAAAAAAGCUUUCUCUACGUGUUCCUCUCAUCUGAUUGUGGUCUCAAUUUCUUAUGGAAGCUGUAUCUUUAUGUAUAUAAAUCCUUCUGCAAAGGAUGCAGCAACUUUUAAUAAAAGAGUGGCCCUUUUAAAUACCUCAGUUGCUCCUCUGCUGAACCCAUUCAUCUAUACUCUAAGGAACAAACAAGUGAAGGUAGCCUUUAAAGAUAUGGUAAAUAAGAUACUACUUUUUUCAAAAAAGUGA